AUAGGUGAGAUGGAGGAGAAUAUGCAACGCUUCUUGUUCAUUGCCGUUACAAAAGGGCAUAAGCCCAGUGUGUACACGAGUUGGGAGGAGGUGAACCAGCAAGUUAUAGAUUUUACAUUCCCUGAGUUUCACGAUUCAAUAGCUUUGAACGCGCAUGCUCAUGCUUCAAAGCGAGGAUGUCGUCCAUUUGUGUUGAGAAAGGUGGUAGUGGUGAAACUGGUGGAGUCAGGCCGGAUGGAGGUGGCAAAAAGAAAUUGGCUAUCACCGGCGGAGGCCAUCCUUACCGGCCAAUUGUUUCAUGGCUUCCUAUAAUUUUGGCCGAGGAACUUAACGUGGAUUUCGCAGUUGUGCGCAGCAUAGAGGAGUGGUUGCUGAAAGUUUGCCUAGAGGCAGAGAUCCCUUGCCCCUGUUUCUUUAAGGUGAAACAAUUUGUCGGAGAGCAAGGUCCGUUCUUUGGCUUCACAGUUGUUAUUCCUGGGCAUCCAUUUGAGAUAGAGCUAUUUGUCAUUGGUCGUUUCUCGAUGGUUGAAAAAGCUGCGAGAGAAGAUGCUGCUUAUGAGAUGCUAUGCGUGUUGCUUGAUGUAACUGGAAAAGAGAUUCAGGAUUAUAACUACAGAAAGGUGAAGCUUCUUAGUGACUCAAAUAACGCGCUUCGGGCGGGGGUAGGUCAAUUGGAAGAAUCUUACGAAAAGCUAAAGGCUAGUUACGAUUCCCUUGUAAAACGCCAUGUGGAAGGAGAAAGAGUUUGAUUUGUGUUUUCUGAAUGUGUCAUUAGUGUUUGGUUAUGUUGUAAUUUUUCAGUUAUUGUUGUU